AUGACACAGUCCGAAGAAAAAAAUCGAUCAGGUCGAACAAUAUUUGCAUCUCUGGCAGCUGGAGCAUGCGCUGGUGCCAUAGCCAAAACCUCCAUUGCGCCACUUGAUCGUACAAAAAUUAAUUUUCAAAUUUCUGGCGAUGCUCACUAUUCAUUAAAGUCAGCUCUUAAUUUUAUUAAAAACACGUACGAAACAACCGGUUUAAUGUCGCUAUGGCGUGGUAAUUCGGCAAUGAUGGUACGCAUUGUGCCAUAUGCAGUAAUCCAAUUUGGAGCGCAUGAAGAGAUCAAACACAUACUACGAGUUGAUAAGGAUGGGAUAAGAACUCCAGUGAAGCGUUACAUUGCGGGAUCUUUAGCAGGAGUAGUUGCAACAACAUGCACAUAUCCACUAGAUACAGCUAAAGCACGUUUAGCUACAUCAACCGUCAAUGAAUAUAGUUCCUUACUAAAUGUUUUUGUCAAAGAUUACCAAAGAUACGGUGUCAGAACGUUCUACAACGGUUUAAUUCCAGCUUUGAUGGGAGCCAUACCUUAUGCGGGCGCCAGUUUUUUUAUUUUUGAGACACUUAAAUUGAUUUAUUUUGAAAGAACGAACAAAGAGGUUCCAUCCGUGUAUCGUCUUCUUUUCGGUGGUUUUGCUGGUUUAGUUGGUCAGUCCUCGUCCUAUCCGUUCGAUAUCGUACGACGUCGCAUGCAAACACUCCGUAUCCCUACUGGGCAUAAUGUUUUCUAUAGUCUAUAUGUAAUCGGAAAAACCGAAGGCGUCAAAAAUGGUCUUUAUAAAGGUCUCAGCUUGAAUUGGAUUAAAGGUCCGAUUGCUGUUGGUAUUAGUUUUACAGUGUAUGAUACUGUUUAUAUGCAUAUCAAUCAGCUACUGGAAGUUGAAGCUUUGAACCGAUAG